GACAUGUACAGUUACUAACACACUCGUAUUCAACACAGUGGAAUAGGAACAUGCUGAUUUGGUGGACUUCUCAAACGGAGGUAUCUCAUUAGACUGAAAACGAACACUUAAUGACAUGUUCUGUUUCUCAAAUGUGGAGUUCACCCCUUCUGGGCGUUUCUAUUUUUAGCAUCAGCUGUUGCAAUACAAAGAUUAGCUGCUCGACGUAUUGUUCCGCAGAUGUGGGGAGCUCAGUCCCGGCUGUGGUGUGAAGCCGAGGGACGACAGACAUGAGGAGGGAUAUGUCGGAGUGAGGACGGUUCUUUGUGCUCCACACACAGAGGGAGGCUGAUAUCGGUGUGUCUCCUCGGCAUCCUACUACCCUACUUCCCACUGUUACCACCACUGCUGAAGUAGCCAUGGCAACCAGCGCUGUGCCAAGUGACAACCUGCCAACAUACAAGCUUGUGGUGGUGGGGGAUGGUGGUGUUGGGAAGAGCGCCCUCACCAUCCAGUUUUUCCAGAAGAUCUUUGUGCCAGACUACGAUCCCACGAUAGAGGACUCGUAUCUGAAACACACUGAGAUAGAUGGACAGUGGGCGAUACUGGACGUGCUGGACACAGCUGGACAGGAGGAGUUCAGUGCCAUGAGGGAGCAGUACAUGAGGACAGGAGACGGCUUCCUCAUCGUCUUCUCUGUGACAGACAAGGCCAGCUUCGAACACGUCGACCGAUUCCAUCAACUCAUCCUCCGGGUCAAGGACAGGGAGGCCUUCCCCAUGGUGUUGGUGGCUAACAAAGUUGACUUAGUCCACCUGAGAAAGGUCACCUCUGAGCAGGGCCAAGAGAUGGCUGCAAAACAUAGUAUAACUUAUAUUGAAACCAGUGCCAAGGAUCCCCCAAUGAAUGUUGACAAAGCCUUUCAUGAGCUGGUCCGUGUUAUAAGACAACAGGUCCCAGAGCGAAACCAGAAGAAGAAAAAGAAGAUGAAAUGGAGAGCAGAACGUUCUACAGGUUCCCACAGGUUCCACUGCGCCAUAUUGUGACCUCCUUUGUUAAUCAAUAGUAACAGAAACACCAACAUGCACACCCACAUACCUUUGGAUUUCAGGGAAUUCCCAAGCAGUGGUUAACUACUGGAGCACAAAAAGGAGGGGAGGGGUCAAAGGACAGCUCGGGGGAUACUCAGAGACAGAAACGGAUGGAGAGUAGAACCUGAAAUAUCGGACUGAUGUCUCCUCACACUUCCCGAUGCCUUGGGAUGAGAGUAAUGCCCUCUCUCCUCAAUCUACCGUCCUCUCCAAAGGUCUUUCUGUCGCUCCCACCUGUAUUCACGCAGAACGACAGCAUCUGAGAACUGUUUCCUAAUCAAGUGUGACUUUUGAAUUCAGUAUCAAACGUGGCACAAAGAAAACAGACUCUUCUCUGGGAGAAAAGCCAGAGGUGAGCCAGAAUGAUCCUGAUAAUGGAACUUUUAUCUUCUUGAAAGGGAAAAAAAAGGGAGGAACUGUCUGAAAAAGGCAUUUAUUUUUCAGGACUAACUCCAACAUCCUGCUGGUCACACCUCUAUCCUCAAACUCCUUCAAUUUCAGGAAGAAAAGCCCCUGUGCGAUCUGAAGAUACGUUAUCUGUGUUCUCUCUUUGUAGAGGGCAGGGUCGAUGGUGACAGGGAUUUUGGUGGUUAAAAAUAGAUGUUGUGUGGUGUUGUGGAUGAAUGAAUAGUGGGUUCUGUGAGUACUUCUUGUACCUUGUGGUGAUGCGAUACUUUGGUUUUGAAAAGUUGGUUCAGAGAGGGUGAAAGGAUGUGUCGUACCGAGUGAAAGAGGAGUGAUGUGACGCAGAGAAUGUGCGUCAUAUCAGAUGAAAUAUUGUUGAAAUAUUGUAAAUGUAAAAGAGAGUGAGUUUGGUCAGUGUUUGUAGUUACAGAAAAUAUAAACAUAACUGGGUUCAUAUGAAUACUCACCUGUCAGCGGCCAUGUUUACAGACAGGUUAUCAGAGCCACUGUACAUCAAGUUUAUGGACAUCAAUAAGGUUAAAAAAGUUUGCUUCUUCACUCACUGCCAGCGGCAAGAUGAGUGCAAUCCAUAUCAGCACUGUAUCAUGAUAGUCCUGAUAUUUUUCUGUCUUUGUAGUCUUAAUAGAUUCUCCUCCAGCCAAUUUUCUUUCAGUGUUCUUUAACAAAAAAUAUAAAAAAUGACAGUUUAUAUUUAUAAAGAAUCUAAUCCUAGGUUGCAGUUUUAUUAGAUGAAAUGCUAUUUUACAAAAAGAGUUGUAGGGAAAUUCUGAUUCAUUUACAAUAGAUAAGGGAUAGUGAGCGCUUCAUGUUUCUGGAGAAUCUGAUUUGCACUGGCCGCUAACCAAAAUAAUGUGAUGUCACUUUAUUCCAAUCUUGGGGAUUUUCAGACAGCACCUCUGAAUUCAGGACAAAUCUACGAAGAGUCGCGCUCAGUCGAGGAUAUCACUCCUUCAGUUUGAGGAGGCGUACUGUAGCCCGGGGAACACGUCGGAGUCUAAAAGGCAGUGUGAUGCUCCUAGUGCUUGAAGCCAUGUUAACCUAGCUGCAGGCUAAGUUUAGUUGUAGGAAAACCACACACUCAAAGCAACAAGACAUUUAUUGUGUUCAUGUUUGUAGCCGUGAAGUGGAUAGGAAUGUACAAUAUAAUAACCUAUGAAAUGGCUCGUACUGUUAAAGCUCUAAAGUUUCAGAGGAAACUUUUUUGUCUGGAUGAAUACGGUCUCUUGAAGAAAUACAUUUUUGCACUUUUAAUACGAUUUCUCCCUUUCCUAUUGGUUGUUUUCUGUUCAAAUCAGUAGGUGAAAUGAAAGGCACGCUCAAAAUGAUUGGAAUGUGAAAUCAAAUAUCAAAAUAAGAUGAUAACAUAUGAUCAGUGUUGUAGCCCUGUGUGCCUGUGUGCCUGUUGCCUUCGUGGAGAUUGGAACAGAAGAAAUAAACAGGAAUCUAAUCAUUGGAACGGUAAUGAAAGAAAAGUUCAGAUUACUCUUUUUUGACUUGAGAAGACUGAGCUAUGAAAUCUCAUUUAUGAGAAGGCGUGCAAAUUCACCUCAGCACGAAAAUGGAAAAUCAACCUCAAGCAGAAGAAAGAAGAAAGUUUGAAGGGACUUCUCAAAGAGUUUCCAGUGGAGGACAGCAAACAUUGAGCAAUGAAGCAACAGACUCUGGAUCACAGUGGAGUUAAAAAAAAAAAUCUGAAUGUGUUUAAUGAAAAUGUUGCAUCAUGUAUGUUUGAUACCAUUUUGUAUUAUUGAUAUGAAUUAUUGAUAUGAUUCUUGCAAAGUGUUUUUUAAACAACUGAAUAAUUUAUUACUGUCUAUGUUACCUCAGCUUGUCCCAGACCUGGACAGAAAGCUUAACUCCUCCCACUUUGAUUUCUUUGGGACUUUUCAAGGCGGCACAGGCCCUUUGCCUCGGAGCCUCCAGAUCAAGAGACUUACAACAUGUCAUGGACCAAGAUGAAAUUAGGUUUGAAGUUAAACAAGCAGAAAAACUUCUACUUAACUGGAGCUCAUGGCCUCAUAUGUGGAAUAAUAAGAUCACUCUGAAGGUAAAACACAAAGAAAGUUUGUCCAGGAUGAAACAUGAAAAAUGUUUUUGUUCAGUGUGGAAGAUCUCAAAAGAAAGUUUGACACUCUAUGUCUGGUUGAUACCCGCAUGGGAAGAUCAAUACCCCAUAAUUUGUAUGUGCACUAAACAUGAAGCUAGCUGGCUUGCGUAGCUUAGAAUAAAGAGCAGAACAUGGGGGAAGCAGCAGGCCUCUCUCCUGCUCAUGAGCUAACAUAACAGAAUGUACUAACUGUCUUUAGUUAGCCUUAGAGGUGCUGUUUGGCAGAUUGUAGCACUUCUAGGCAGUGAGAGGCUAGCUGCUGUCUUGGGUCUACUUUUUAUGCUAGGCUGAGCGGAUCCACUGCUAGCUGUAGCUUAAUAUUAAAGCUGCUGUUGGUAGGAAUGGUGUAAAAAUUGUUACUUUUUUUCUGCUGGGUUUGGAGAAAAGGUCAUAAUGCCCUUCGGUACUCUUCAGUAAGUGCAGUAAUUUGAGAUUAUUGCGAAAUCUCUGUGUUUUCCAAUGCCUUUGUAUCAAGCAAUGAAUCAAUCACAGCUAAUCUCCAAUCCUCUGUCCUGGUUGGUUAAGGGGUAGCUCCUACUACGUCCUCCGAUUGGUUAUGAGUCCGGCACUAUCAUGACUGCACACGGCGAUCUGUGUUGGGGGGCUAAGAGGAAAUCUGGUUGAGAGGGAUAGUGUUGACAUUCAAAGUCUCUCUCUCUGAACAGAUGUUUACUCCGUGACUACUAACAGCAGCUUUAAGUAUACAGGCACAAGAGUGGUAUCGAUGUCCUCGUCUUGCACUGCAGAAAACUUAAUCUGUGUUUUUCCAAAACACUAGCGCAGUUAUCCUAAGCAGACUGAUUGGUGUCUACAUGUUGGCCAUUUUAACUUCUUGGUUUGCGGUCCAAAAUAGAGUUUAUAAUCAGAAAGUUACUCCUCUUGAAUGAAUCUUUAUGCUAAGUAAGAAGAAAGCUGCUGAUUUAUUGUGCUGGCUUCACAUUUCAGGCAGACCAAAUACAAAUUCUGAGAGUGAAAAUGAAGUACCAAUAAUGUGAGACUUGAUUAUGAGCUAAAUUGAGCACUUUUGUUUUCAUGAAUUGGAGAGGUAGCAAUCUUUUACACCAAGUUUUGUUGAACUUAUGCUGUUGAUUAGCGUAGUGUAUGUCCCAAUAUACUGUCAGUUUGUAAAGGAGUGGUGUGCACUCAUGAGUUGGAUUACUAAAAGCAAAAUGUGGAGUUGUCAGCUAAGUUGUGUAUUGUGUGUUUCUGGGCAGGUCUGUUGUGUUCUAAGUGGCUGUGUCAGACUGAGGAGCUAGACGAGGCACAAACAAACUGUGGCCUUUAUAAUCUAGCCUCAGGGGUCGAUUAUAUUUCAAUAAAGAAAUACAACUAUUGUGACAUUA